AUGACACAAGACUUGAGCGUUGAGCGGCCCAUGGAGGCUCGUGUCGGCAGGGAGAACCAGAGAUACGGAUCUCAAGGCGAACGUCUCGUCGCUGGCAUUGUGCCGCUCUCCAACGACCGCAAGUCUGUCCUACUCAUCCAGUCAAUGCGCCGUGGCGGCUGGGUCCUUCCCAAAGGCGGUUGGGAAGUUGACGAGACCGUCGAAGAAGCCGCCUGUCGCGAGGCCUGGGAGGAAGCUGGCGCCAUCUGUAAAAUUCACGCCGACUUGGGCAAGAUCCCCGAAAAGAGGAAACCGGAGCAACUUACCGAGAAGGCUCCCAAGGCCGCAUACCACUUUUUCGAAGCCACAGUCGCCGAGGUCAAGGAGGAGUGGCCGGAGAGCCACAAGCGCAAGAGAAGGUGGAUGGGCUAUCAAGAGGCCAUUGUCUUGUUGAAGGACAGACCAGAGCUGUCAGAAGCCCUCGAGAGAAGCAGCAUCGACAAGCAGCUUUGA